GGCGCGCGGCGCUCUGGGAAGGUGAAGCGGUUAAGGUCGGUUCCGCCGCCGGUUCGUCCGAUUCUCUUUAGUGUUUGCCGUGUGUCGGCAGCGGGAAGCGGCUCCUCUUUCCUGCUUCGCAAGCGAAUGGAUUGACUCGUUUCUUCAGAAAUUCGGCUUCAAGCUCGCUUUUUUGAAGAAAGGAGAGAUCCUGCUACUGCAUAUUUCUGAUCUUAACCAGCACCUCUGAAUUCUUCCUAUAAAUCUAAUCUAAGUUAAUGAGUUGGAAGUGUGAAAUGUCUCAAAUUCAAGUUCAUAACUCAUCCUCCAGUCUAUCGCAACCUCUUAUGGGUAGCAAUGUUGGCCAGAGCAUUCCUUCUGGUAUUGGUUCUCUGCCAUCAGAAAAUGCUAGUAGGCCCGUUCAAAGCUCCGCUUUACCUUCCAUGUCUGCCACUUCCACUACCGCAGCUGCAGUUCCUUCAAACAUGGCAAACCCCAAAGAGAAAACCCCUAUGUGUCUUGUGAAUGAGUUAGCCCGUUUCAACAAGAUUCAGCCAGAAUACAAACUGUUAAAUGAACUUGGUCCAGCUCACGCAAAGGUUUUUACAGUGCAGCUGACACUUGGUGACCAGCACUGGGAAGCUGAGGGAAGCAGCAUUAAGAAGGCUCAACACGCUGCAGCUGCAAAAGCCUUGAUGGAAACCAAUCUCCCAAAACCACCACCUCGUCCCCCACGUAAUGAUUCAAAAAAUCCUGACAGUGUAACUCCAACAGUAGAACUGAAUGCCUUGUGUAUGAAAAUGGGAAAGAAACCAACCUAUAGACCAAUUGAUCCUUAUCCUGGAUUAAGGCCGACCUACAAUAUGCUGAGAAAUAAUGCAUAUCCUCAAAGGUAUUUUUACCCUUUUCCCCCUGUUGGACCAGUCACUUACCAAGUUGAACUUGUAAUUGGAAAUCAGCAAUUCCAGGGAAAAGGAAGAUCAAGGCAGGCAGCUAAACAUGAUGCAGCUGCCAAAGCACUCAAAGCAUUGCAGAAUGAAACCCUGCCAUCCAAAUUACCAACUAUCAAUGGAAAAGAAACAGAUGAUGAUGAUCUCAAUAAAUCUGAAAUAAGCCAAGUUUUUGAGAUUGCACUGAAAAGAAAUAUGCCUGUGAACUUUGAAGUAAUAAAAGAAAGUGGCCCACCACAUAUGAAAAGCUUUGUUACUAAAGUAAUGGUUGGAGAAUUUUCAGCUGAGGGAGAGGGGAAGAGCAAGAAAAUUUCGAAGAAAGCUGCUGCAAUAGCUGUUUUAGAGGAACUGAAAAAACUUCCACAGCUUCCAACAGUAGAAAAAGUGAAACCACGCAUAAAAAAGAAAACCAAAUCAAUAGUGAAGCUACAGACAAGUCCAGAGUAUGGGCAAGGAAUGAAUCCCAUCAGCCGUCUAGCUCAAAUUCAGCAAGCAAAAAAAGAAAAGGAGCCUGAAUAUACAUUAAUGGUAGAACGAGGCCUUCCUCGCCUCAGAGAGUUUGUUAUGCGGGUUAAAGUUGGUGGUCAAGUAGGAGAGGGAAUGGGCCCAAAUAAGAAAGUUGCCAAGCGAAAUGCAGCUGAGAAGAUGCUGGAACUUUUAGGUUUCAAAGUUCCUCAGCCUCAGCCACCUAAACCAGCUUUGAAAACUGAAGAAAAGCCAACUGUGAAAGAACCUGUGAAAGGGCGUAAAGUGACGUUUUUCGAGCCUGGUUCCUCCAUAGAAGAUACAGCAACAGUUAAAGAUGGCAGCAUGCGCUUGGAAGAUGAAUUCCGAAUGCCUUAUCCCAGCCACCAGCAACUGCCUGCUGGAAUCCUUCCAAUGGUUCCUGAGGUAGCACAGGCUGUUGGAGUCAAUCAAGGGCAUCAUACCAAAGAUUUCAACAGGCCUGCAGCAAAUCCAGCUAUGGCCACUUUCACUGCAAUGAUAGCAAGAGAGCUCCUAUAUAGUGGGACGUCUUUAACUGCAGAAACUAUUUUGAAAAAUAAUCCUGCAGCUCGCAAGCCACAAAGCACCCUUACCAGACCUUCAGAACAAUUGGACUUUUUGGCUACUGUUCAAGCAUUACAGGUUGAAUAUAAAGAUUUUCCAAAAAAUAAUAAAAAUGAGUAUGUGUCGCUGAUUAACUGUUCAUCCCAACCUCCUCUGAUUAGUCAUGGAAUUGGAAAAGAUGUUGAAUCCUGUCAUGAUAUGGCUGCACUUAAUAUCUUAAAACUGUUGUCUGAGCUGGACCAACAAAAUGUAGAAAUACCAAGAACAGGAAAUGGACCAAUUGCUGUAUGUGUGAAACAAGAGAUUGAUGGCGAUUCUCAUAUCAAACCGGCUAACUCAAACACUUUAGGACAAACACUGGAGGUCACUGACUGAAAGCCUUUUAUUGACCCAAAGCGCCAAGCACCAGAGAAAAUCGGAUGCUUCCUGUUCUGUGACAUGUAACUUAUGUUUUAGAGAACUACAGUUUGAAUCUUGCUGUAGUAUCUAAAUCAUUAAGUUGCUUAACUUUUUAAAAUAGUAAUGCAUUUCAACAUUAAUUCAUUUUUUUUGAUGAAGGAAAUUUGUUCCUAAUGUUUCAUUGGAACCCUGUUAACACCAAUAUCCAGCAGCAAAAAGUUAGAAUUUCUGUUGAUGACUCUCCAAUAGUACAUUACAUGAUGAUUGAAAAAUUGCUUAACAAAAUCAGGGUCAUAUCCAAUGUAUGUAGUUCAUGAUUUGGUACCUGUUUGAAUUGGCCGUUAACCACACAAACCGUCUUGGUUUAUCAAAACUUGGUGCUAGUUUAAAAAGUAGUGUGCCUGCAUUUUCGUAAUUAUAUAUCCAACAGAAGCAAGUUGAAACUCUAAAUUAAAUUCAGUUUGAAUAAGUUAUAAAGACUGCCUCCUUGUUCACCCUUGAAAGAUGGUAUCAAGUAGAAUGUUUGGUCUUAUAGGUUAAGUUUGUAUUUUUAAUCUAAUUUUUUUAAUUUGGUAAUUCUGAAGGACUUUGCUUUUUGUUUUUAUAUUAAACUUUGUUUAUAUUAAAGUAAUUUUCAACAGUGUACAAGAAUUACAUUGUUGGAUAUGAUCUGUUACCUAGCUUAUACCAGAAAUUGCAGAUUACUGUAAAUCUUGGUGUAGGGUAAAAUGUAAGAUGUUGUGUUGUACUUUAUUAAUGCUUUGAUGUAAUGUUCCAUGUGAUGUACACAAAGUGUGUACAGUAAACAUUUUGCUUAUUGUCCAAGUAAAGCACGAAUCCCUUGCCAACUCAGUCAAAACUUUGUUACUUUACUUUUGGACUUUUUUUUUCCUUCCCAUGUACUGUACCUAUGGAAUGGAGAAGUAAAAAUUGGUGUUUGUGCACAAGUACUGGUGGCUUUUUUUGGCAUAACACAUUAUCAGUGUGAAGCUGAGUUAAAGGAGUUGCCGGCCACCGUUAAAUUGUUAACAUUGAUUUUCUCAACUGCCUCAACAAUUUUGAAAAGAUUGUGUUUUGUAGAAAAGAUCUUGGUGGUUCUAAUUUGUCUUGGAAUACAUUUUUGGGUAUCUAACUUUCAGGCAGCUAAACUACUCCAGUACAUAUUUUCUGGAUCACAAUUCCCUUCUUUAAUAACAUAGAAGGAAGAAGCUUGUAAAAUUGCUGGAAACAAGCCAGCGGAUUAACUCAAACCCUUUUGACUAUAUCAAGCAUUUAACUCCUUUAAGUCAUGCUGCACAACCUUUUCUCCAUUGUGUGUGGUAGAACAGCUAACCUUUUAAAGGAUUUUUUUAAACCAACCAGCAUCAGUCUGAACGAGAACACUGUACUCCAGAGUUUUACUUGGAUGGCUUUGGGUAUCUACAGUAGAUCGACUUUUAAAAUGGCUCAGAUUUGAAGCUCUGAAAAAUUACUCAAGUACAAACUAUGGAGCUUUACAAUAUUAAAAAUUCUUUUUGACUAAAAA